CAGGUGGAACACAUUCGGCAUCGGCAUUCCGAUUCCCCGGCUCCGCGAAGAACGCGAACGCGCCACAGAGGAGACCAGAUACUUGAACGCCCGUCGAGAUCGGAUCGAAAAUGGCCGCGGAUUUUUGACACGGAAAAUGCCCGGAAAAGCGACGGUCCGGAGAGAUCCGCGUGAAGUGUUCGCGACGGCGACGGUCGAAUUUAGCGCGGAUGAAAGUCAUAUGUGCGUCGGAUGAUUCACGGGAUGUGUGCUGAUGUUGGUUUCCGAUGAGUGGAAUCGUGCAUCCCGACACAGCGGAAAGUGUGCUAAUGAAAAUCAAUUUAGAAAAUUAAAGAGCAAUUAUAAGAAGAACGACGUGCAAGUGCGUGCGAAACAAUCAGAGCAAGAAAUUUAUGACUAAAAAAAAUAAAACAUAUAACGAAAAAGAGAACGUUCCAAAAAGUUUUUUUUAUAAUAUAAAUGUAAUGUAAUUUUUGUGUAUGAACUUUUACGCCUAUACAUCUAGUCUUCCUUGCGACGCGUUUUAUAUAUCUAAUAUAAUAAAAAGUGCGUUGUAUACGGACAAACAAUAUAAAAGAAAAUGUUGCAAAACAAUUACAAAUCCAUGUACCGGCCGAAUUUCUACGAGAGCACCUGCCUGCGGUGCAACGAAACCGUCUACCAAGUGGACCGGGUGGGCCCCCUGAAGGACUUCACCUUCUUCCACAGCGGGUGCUUCAAAUGCGCCGUCUGCGGCACCAAGCUCACCUUGAAGACCUACUACAACAACCAGCACCGGCAGGAGGACAAGGAGGUCUAUUGCAACAGCCACGUGCCCAAAAUCGGCCCCGGCCACUUGGACGGCUCCUCCGUCGGCAUACGGUCGGCGCUCAACGUGCCCAAGAGCACCAAUUUCGUCAACGAGCAAAUCCGGGGGCCCAGCAGGACCAGCGACGAAGGCGUUACCGUCCGUACGCACAUAAAUGGCAACCAUCACCAGCCCCACUCCCCCACGUACGGGGGCUACAGCCCCAACAAUUACUACAGCCAGGAAUCGUCGCCAACUUACCAAUACGGCCGUUUCGACGCCAGCGCCCUCCACAUAGCGCACGCGCUCAAGCAAACGGAGCUGCAAAAAUCGUACAAAGUUCACAGGGAGAAGCCCAUAGACUGUUAUCUGGAUAGAGAUGAGCAGAGGAAAUUAGAAAUGAGACAUAGGAAAGAAGAAGACGACUUAUUCAGAAAAUUCCAAAGACAACGAGAGGAGGAAGAGAAACGAAUACGAGAAGAAAUUAGGGACGAAUGGGAGAAGGAACUGGAAAGGCUGACGAUGAAAUUCGAGCGAGAGAUGCAGAUGAAAAGGAACAAGCGCGACGAUCAGAAUAUACUGACGUUACGCCACCAGCAGGAACGGGACGAUCUGGAGAAAAACAUGACCCUACGCAGGGAUAAAAAAAAGGAGUCGCUGACGAGGAAAAUGUUGGAGCACGAAAGGGCAGCCACGGCGGCGCUCGUUGAGAAACAAAGCACCGAAAUGCUGGAAUUAAUUAACGAAAAACGCAGCGAAUACAUGCAAGCCGAGUCUCUGUAUUUAGAUCAAAGCGAAGAGGCCCAGCCCUAUCCCAGCCUCGCGCCGGCCCCUUCGCCUCCGGCCCUCAGCAAAUUCCAGGUGUACAACGAUCCCGUGGAGUUCACGAAUGUCGAUCAAAUAGCGAUAUCGGUAGCGCAAGAAGACCAGAAAUCCUUCACGGAUUUGGUUCGACAGCUGGUGGGAAGGUGUGGAUCAGACGUUGAAAAAGCUAGGACGAUAUUCAGAUGGAUUACGGUGAAAAAUUUGAAUACAAUGUCCUUCGACGACAACCUCCGCGGCGACACCCCCAUGGGGCUCCUGAGAGGCAUCAAAAACGGCACGGAAAGCUACCACGUGCUGUUCAAGCGUUUAUGCAGUUACGCCGGUCUGCAUUGCGUGGUGAUCAAGGGCUACUCGAAAUCGGCCGGUUACCAGCCGGGCGUCCGGUUCGAAGACAACCGCUUCCGGAACUCGUGGAACGCCGUGUACGUGGCGGGCGCGUGGCGCUUCGUCCAAUGCAACUGGGGCGCCAGGCACCUGGUGAACGCCAAAGAGGCCCCGAAGGCGGGCAACAAAUCGAAAUCGGACAGCCUGCGCUACGAGUACGACGACCACUACUUCCUCACCGAUCCCAAGGAGUUCGUCUACGAGUUCUUCCCGCUGCAGGCCGAGUGGCAGCUGCUGAAGGGGCCGAUCACCUUGCGGGAGUUCGAGGAGUUGCCGUUCGUGCGAUCGCUGUUCUUCCGCUACGGGUUGUACUUCUCGGAUCCGAACACGAAGGCGGUGAUGUACACGGAUUCGACGGGGGCGGCGACCGUGCGGAUCGCCAUGCCCUCUCACAUGCAGGCCACCCUCAUCUUUCACUACAAUUUGAAAUUCUACGACAGCGAGGGCGAUACUUUCGAAGGGGUCUCUUUGAAGCGAUUCGUCAUGCAGUCUGUCGUGGGUAACAUGGUGGCGUUCAGGGUGCACGCCCCCUGCAGCGGGGCUUUCCUGCUCGACAUAUUCGCCAACGCCGUCACGCCGAAGGAGUACCUCACCGGCGAGCCGAUGAAGUUCAAGAGCGUCUGCAAGUUCAAAAUUUGCUGCGAAGACCUGCAGACCGUCAUGGUGCCGUUGCCCGAUUGCGCCAGCGGCGAAUGGGGCCCCACCAAAGCCACCAGGCUCUUCGGAUUGGUGCCCAUCACGCAUCAGGAUUCGUUGAUAUUCGCCGGUAGGGAAUUGGAGAUACAAUUCAGGAUGUCGAAGCUGCUGACGGAUUUCAUGGCGACUUUGCACAAGAACGGGGUGGAGGAGAAAAGAUUGUCGAAGUUCGUGUCUCACAGCGUUUCGGACGACGUGGUCACCUUCAAUAUAAGUUUCCCCGAAGAGGGACAGUACGGUUUGGACGUGUAUACAAGAGAAAUGGCUUCCAGUCCGGACAUAUUGGGCGAGAAACAUCUACUGACGCACUGUUGUAAAUAUUUGAUAAACUCUUCGAAGAGGAAUUGAUUUCUAAACGGUAUUUCAACAAACAUUUUCAUCUAAUUUCGUAUUAAAAAAGGUGCUCACAAUUCAUAUAUCGUUCAAGUGAUUUUUUGUAAUUAACACUAAAAAAUUAGACCAUUAACUCUCUCAUCGAAUAUUCUAAAAGUGCAAUAAUAUGUAAUUCACAAAGUAUUUUUUUAUAUAUCUAACAAUAAUCAGUUUGAUAGUACUGUUUUAUAUUAUGUAAUUCGUUAUGAAAUGCACAUGUUAUUAAAAUAUUC